CAGAAGUGCCCCUUUUCUCUCUUGGCCUAAUUUCGACCUUUUCCUUUUAGUGGAUUGGAGCCUUGGCCAAUUUACACGGCAUAACUAGCUAAGUUUUAGGAUAAUCAUGGCUGAUUUGAAGGAUUUAGAUAAUCAAGAAGAAGAAGAACCGACAAUCGCUGAGGAUGUCGUUGUUACCAAAUACAAAAUGGCUGGUGAUAUGGCCAACAAGGUAUUGAAAAUGGUGAUUGAAGCCUGUAAAGAUGGUGCCAGUGCAAGAUCCAUUUGUGAGAUAGGUGAUAAAAUGAUUCUAGAAGAAACAAGUAAGGUGUACAAGAAGGAAAAGGAAAUGAAAAAAGGUAUUGGCUUUCCAACAUGCAUAUCUGUAAACAACUGUGUUUGUCAUUUUUCACCAUUGAUGAGUGAACCAGAUGUUACAUUGAAAAACGGAGAUAUGGUUAAAAUUGAUCUUGGUGUUCAUAUCGAUGGUUUUAUAGCUGCAGUUGCUUAUACAGUUGUUGUUGGGGCUACAAAGGAUGAUCCAAUAACGGGAAGAAAAGCUGAUGUUUUACAAGCUGCACAUUUAGCUGGUGAGAUUGCACAAAGGCUGGUAAAACCAGGAAAUGAAAAUGUACUUGUUACAGACAACAUCCAGAAGGUUGCUAAUUGCUUUAACUGUAAACCUGUUGAAGGUAUGUUAUCUCAUCAGUUGCAGAAAUACAGAAUAGAUGGGGAAAAGUCAAUAAUACAAAAUCCAAAUGAACAACAAAGGAAGGAACACAAGAAAUGUGAAUUUCAAAUGCAUGAAGUGUAUGCGAUUGAUAUUCUAAUAAGUACUGGUGAAGGUAAAGCCAAAGAAAAGGAUACAAGGACAACUGUUUACAAAAGAACAGAAGAGCAGUAUAGCCUCAAAAUGAAGGCUUCUAGAGUAUUUUAUAGUGAUGUCUGCAACAAAUUCACAAUGAUGCCAUUCACAUUAAGAGCUUUUGAAGAUGAAAAGAAGGCAAAGAUGGGUGUAACAGAGUGCGCAAGGCACGAACUUCUAAACCCAUACCCAGUUCUGUAUGAGAAAGAUGGUGAAUUCGUAGCACAAAUUAAGUUUACAGUUUUGUUGAUGCCCAACGGACCACUAAGAAUUACAAAUGGACCAUGGGAUCAAGAUUUAGUCAAGUCAGAAUGCAGCAUAGAAGAUGAAGAGCUCAAGACCAUAUUAGCAUCAUCGAUGAAUAAAAAAGCUCAGAAGAAGAAGAAAAAGAAGGCCGCAGCCAAAGCUUCAGAGGCUACCAAGGAUGGGAAAGAGCCUUCAGAAGAUGGAAAGGAGCCUUCGGAGUCAGUGGAUGACUCGACUGCUAAGGUAGAAGAAUAAAUAAUGAAAUUGCAGCAAUGAAAAUUGAAUGAGACGCUAACAAGGAAAUAAUGCCAAUGGGAACGAUAUAACCGGAAGGGAGAUGGAUAGGGUUGAAUGCACACCUUCAACUAUGUCCUCUGUUUAACCUUCGUCUCACAUAACGUAGUGGACCCAACUAUUGGAUUGAAUCCUAUUCAGUGAAUAAAUUCAAACUUCGCUAGAAAUUAAGUCGUGUAACUGUGAUUUUUGCAUUGCAUAUUCUUAUCUUAAAAACACCGUUGUAUUGUUCCCUAGUUAAAUGACAUUUAUUGCUGACAUCAAGAGAGGGAACAUCUUA